GUUGGAGGCGGAGAUGAUGCGUUAGAUUCCGCCCAUAACCCGUUAGUUAAACAAAAUAAAAACUCACCUAGAUAGACACAUAACGUACCUAGUAGGUAUGUAGAUCAGGAAUACAAACGGAGAUAUGUCGUGUGGCCCUCCUAUGCUAGAACGACUGUCGUGCUACAUAGUACAUGUCUGGGUUCAAGACCUAGCAGGCCAGCGCCUGGCAACCUAGAUGUUUCCCCGUUAUCUUGUCUUCCGUAGGAGUCGCACAGAUGUGUCAUCACAAUGUAAAGGGUUGGAAAGGAAAACAAUCCUUGCCCAUCACUUGUUCUUGGCUACGCGAUGUAUGCGCCAAGUUCGCCAAGAGCACGAGAUUGUACCACUCCCGUAUGCCUCGUCUCGUUCAACUCGACCUCCCACAGCCCCUACUAUAUUCCCCACGGUCUUGGUUUGUUGGAGUACAUAUGCUUCCCGGCUAGAAACGAAGACUUCGCGGAUCUUGACUAUCAUUGACCAUCAUCAUCAUAAGUGCAUGUUAUUCGAGCAUCUAGCAAGCAAGCAAGCAAGCAAGAUGGCAAAGUACCAAAAAAAGCGGAGGCAGGUCGUGCGUGGGCGCAGGCGGGUAUGCGUAAGCCACACCAUGGCAUCGGUAGUUAAUGUAGCCGUGAUGCCACCCCUGAUACCUUUGAUUGCGUGCCUGAUAGGAAGAAAUUUACAACUCGGAUGUGCAUAUAGUAAGUAGCUCUUGGAGCUACCUUCUGAUUAUGGCCAAGAUGGAGCGAGAGAGAAGGAUUGGAGAAGGAUGACGAGGCGAACAGAUGGGUGAAUGUUCCUUCUUGGCUCUAACCCGGAGGUCUGGGAGUGCGGUUGGCUCCUAGGCGUAUAGGUAUGUUGUGGAUGUCAUGUUUAAUAUGGAUACGUGGUGUUACAAUAAUCUCGACUAUCGUGUUGAUUAUCGAUGAAGAGUCAUGGAUAGAGUCAUGGAUAGCAUGAUGCCGAGUACAGAAGGU